AUGGACACCAAGCUUGCUUUUUACGACAUUGCCAUGGGGCCCCCAGCCGAAAAGUACAAUAGCGCCGUAAACCCAUGGAAAACUCGUCUAGCCCUGAACUUCAAAUCACUCCCCUACUCAACCAAUUGGGUCCAACUGCCCGAUGUAUCCAGUGUCCGAAAGAGCCUCAACAUCCCUGCGUGCCGCAAAUUUGCCGAUGGCACAGACUUCCACACACUCCCCAUCCUAGUGGACCCCACAACAUCCCGCAUACUCGGCGACUCCUUCGACAUAGCCGUCUACCUGCAAAAGCAAUACCCAGCCGGAAACGAUUUAUUCCCGCCCCAGUCCCUGGACUACGCCUUCAGUCCAGACGCUGCGAUUUUAAUUCCAUUGUCUGAGUGCGAUGGCAGUGAAUACCCCCAGUAUGCGCGCUUCAAUGUGAAUGUCGAUGCUGCUUUCACCACGCACGUCGGACUCAUGGCCUACGGGCUACCGUUUGAUCCUGCGACUGCCGAGGAGGCAAAGGCUGAAUUUGUUCGACGGGCUGGUGUGAGCUGUUGGGAGGAUUUGGCUGUAACAGGGGAACAGCGUGAGAAGCUUCUUGGGUCCUUCCGAGAGAUGUUGGGUGGGCUGGCGAAGCUUUUUGGUGGCAACGGGCCGUUUUUACUUGGGGAUCGAGCUAAUUACGCGGAUCUUAUUGUUGGGGCUUGGUUGAGGAUGGCGAGCAAGACUUUGCCUGCUGAGGAGUGGGAGUUGGUUCGAGAUUGGCAUGGUGGUGUUUUUGGAAGGCUGCAUGAUGCGUUGGAGAUUUAUGCGGCUGUUCAUUAA